UGCCGAGGUGACACUGACACCAGGACUGGUGCGGGAGUCCCUUGACCAGAAGGCUCCUCUCCACCUGGGAACAGUGGUAGAGGUGGGACAAGAGACUAGGGGUGUUGGACAGCUGUGGAGCUGGGUCUGAACCUCGGGGACUUCAGCGCUCCUAUCCGGAUCCCAGCCCCACCAGGAGCCGAGGCAAUGGCCUCAAAGCCUGAGAAGAGGGUCGCCUCCUCUGUCUUUAUCACCCUGGCACCCCCACGUCGAGAUGAGGCUGUGGUUGAGGAGGUGAGACAGGCAGCUUGUGAGGCCCGGCCUGGCCACCCCCAGGAGUCUCCUGCCGCCACGAAGGCACCCGGGACUGGCUUGGCGGGGAGGCUCCAUUCCUGGACUCCCCCAGGCAGGGCUGCAGCCCCAGUGCCCGCUGUACCACUGCAGCUCUCCAAUGGAGGUUGUUCACUUCCUCCUCCUCCCCUGGAUGGCGAGGACGCGCUCCCUGACCUGGACCUCCUCCCACCUCCGCCGCCACCCCCUCCGGUGUACCUGCCGCCUCCUGAGGAGGAGCCACCUGCCCCAGUGGGGGCGUCACUCAUUUCAGACUUGGAGCAGCUGCACCUGCCCCCGCCCCCGCCCCCACCACAGUCCUUGGCGGAGGGGCCUCUGCUGCAGCCUCGGCCCGGUCACCUCAGGCCCGCGGAGGAGGAGCUGCCGCCUCCCCUGAAAGAGCCUGCUGGCUGCCCGGAGCGGGAGUCGUCCACAGAUGUGUGUGCCUUCUGCCACAAGACCGUGUCCCCUCGAGAGCUGGCCGUGGAGGCCAUGAAGAGGCAGUACCACGCCCAGUGCUUCACAUGCCGCAUCUGCCGCCGCCAGCUGGCUGGGCAGAGCUUCUACCAGAAGGAUGGGCGGCCCCUCUGUGAGCCCUGCUACCAGGACACCCUGGAGAAGUGUGGCAAGUGUGGCGAAGUGGUCCGGGAGCACAUCAUCAGGGCCCUGGGCCAGGCCUUCCACCCCACCUGCUUCACGUGUGUGACCUGCGCCCGGUGCAUCGGGGAUGAGAGCUUCGCCCUGGACAGCCAGAAUGCGGUGUACUGCCUGGAUGACUUCUACAGGAAAUUCGCCCCUGUGUGCAGCAUCUGUGAGAAUCCCAUCAUCCCCCGAGACGGGAAGGAUGCCUUCAAGAUCGAGUGCAUGGGAAGAAACUUCCAUGAAAAUUGCUACAGAUGUGAGGACUGCAGGAUCCUCCUGUCUGUGGAGCCCACGGACCAAGGCUGCUACCCUCUGAACAACCGUCUCUUCUGCAAGCCGUGCCACGUGAAGCGGAGCGCGGCAGGGUGCUGCUGAGGCCUCGGUGGGUGGGGGUGCCACGGUCGCACGCUAGCCCAGGUCGGGCCCUUCCCUAACUCCUCUCCCUACCAGACCCUGCUCUUGCACACUCUCUUUCCAAACCACAACAGGGACCAGCCAGCAGCCCUGCCCAGCAUGUCCGGGACACAGGAGCUGAGCGCCCCCCAAGCCUGGGCCUCCUCCCAGCUGGGAGCUGAGUGGUUGGCAGAUAGCAUCCUUCAGACUGUCAGCUGUUCCUUCUCCCCUCUGGGCACCGGGAGGCUUUUGUACCAUGAACAUCAUGCCCAGGGGCCCCAACACUGGCCUUGACCCCCAUUUUCUGGGGUGAGGCAGAGCAAGUCUCCAGGUGGCACCCUGUGUCCCUAGCAAUGACACCUUAGCUGUCAGUAUGGGGUGCUGAGACCAGCUCUAGUUCAUAGGAACUUUUUCACUAAAACUCCAAAGUCCCUUAAAAGGCACUAUUUUUUAAAAUUUGAAGUUCAAAUGAUGAGAAACAUUCUUUGGAUUUUUAGGGGGGCAGAAAUCUUCAUAGAAAAUGUCUUCCAUUGUUCAUAAAUCUACAAGAUUAUGACCUAGUGGUGGGACAGCCACGAACUUCCCACCUGCGGGACAUGUCACACUGAUGUGGGGCCCAGGCCCAGACAUUAAACUGAACAGAGCAAAGGGUGACACACUGACACCCAAGGUCAGCAACCCUUCCCCCACCUUCCGGGGCCGCCACCUGUGACCCCGGCUGAGUGCCUGUUGUGUGCUGGGGAGCAGAGCACAGGAGCUCUGAGUGUUCCUCCUGCAGCCCUGACUGGGGCCGUGCACACACACUCAAACACACAUACACACACUUCUCCGGACAGUAAUGGGGUGUCCCCCCCAACCCCUGAUCGGGUCCUCCAGCCCCAGCUAUCCUGUGACCAUUGCCUCCUCAAGGCCAUACCUAGAAGAUGCUUUUUCCCUUUUAAGGAAAAUCACUUUUGUUGCUUUGUAACUUAUAAGACAUUUUGUAGGGUAUGAACAAAUUAAACAAGACAUACUCUCCUCCCUGGGGUCGCCUCAUACCACGUGCUCCUAUGAGGAUGCCCUGGGCUCCAGGUAUCUGGAGAGUUUCUCUUUAGGGCCCCUUAAGGGCUUCAGAGCAGAGCACAGCUUCUUGGCUGAAGCUUAGAGCAGUGAGUCCCAAACGCCAGGCAUUCACAGACCUCCACAAUUUUUAUCAUACAAGGACCUCCUAAUCUCUUACUUCCUUAAUAUUCUCUUUAAUUCAACAUACUUUUUUUUAAAACUCACUUACCAAUUUAUUCUUGUGCUAAGCAAUAUAUCCAUGAAGUUAUGUGUUGUGCUAGUUAUAUGUGAAAAUAAAUGCAUACCUAUUAGAAGUU